CGUCACUGGAGCGCGCCGCGGGUCUGGGCGCGAUGGCGGCGCUGGGCGGGGACGGGUUGCGUCUGCUGUCGGUGUCGCGACCGGAGCGGCAGCCUGAGUCGGCGGCUCUGGGAGGCCCGGGCCCCGGGCUGUGCUGCUGGGUGUCGGUGUUCUCCUGUCUCAGCCUUGCCUGCUCCUACGUGGGCAGCCUCUAUGUCUGGAAGAGCGAGCUGCCCAGGGACCACCCUGCCGUCAUCAAGCGGCGCUUCACCAGUGUCCUGGUGGUGUCCAGUCUCUCGCCCCUCUGCGUGCUACUCUGGAGGGAACUCACAGGCAUCCAGCCAGGCACAUCCCUGCUCACCCUGAUGGGCUUCAGGCUGGAGGGCAUUUUCCCAGCAGCACUGCUGCCCCUGCUGCUGACCAUGAUCCUUUUUCUGGGUCCACUAAUGCAGCUCUCAAUGGAUUGCCCCUGUGACCUGGCAGAUGGGUUAAAGGUUGUCUUAGCCCCUCGCUCCUGGGCCCGCUGCCUCACGGACAUGCGUUGGCUUCGGAACCAAGUGAUCGCGCCCCUGACAGAGGAGCUGGUGUUCCGGGCCUGCAUGCUUCCCAUGUUAGCACCAUGUAUGGGCCUGGGCCCUGCUGUGUUCACCUGCCCACUAUUCUUUGGAGUUGCCCAUUUUCACCACAUUUUUGAGCAGCUUCGAUUCCGUCAGAGCAGUGUGGGGAGCAUCUUCUUGUCUGCAGCGUUCCAGUUCUCCUACACAGCUGUCUUUGGUGCCUACACUGCUUUCCUCUUCAUCCGCACAGGACACCUGAUUGGGCCAGUUCUCUGCCACUCCUUCUGCAAUUACAUGGGUUUUCCUGCUGUGUGUGCAGCUCUGGAGCAUCCACAGAGGCGGCCCCUGCUGGCAGGCUAUGCCCUGGGUGUAGGACUCUUCCUGCUUUUGCUCCAGCCCCUCACGGACCCCAAGCUCUACGGCAGUCUUCCUCUUUGUGUGCUUUUGGAGCAGGCAGGGGACUCAGAGGCCCCCCUGUGCUCCUGACCCACGCUCCUGUACGCCUAUGAACUCUCAUGGGCUCCUCAGCCCCUCCCCGUCAAGGGGUACUGCAGGGGAGGAGCUGGCUGGGGUCCCGAGAUCUCAGGAAUUUUUGUAGGGGAUUGAAGCCAGAGCUAGUUGAAUCCCAGGGACCAAGAGAAAGGAGCAGAUAUCCAAAGGGUGCGGCCCCUCAAAAGGGGGGUGAGGAGCAGGUCCCAGGAGCCGUGCAUUCCCUUCCUCACUGUGGACUGCUGCUUCUCUCAGCUCCUCCGCCCCUGAAAAGCUGCUGUGAGAAUUUACAGAAUCCCUCCCCCUAACUUCCCAGGGUUUUCUCAUUGUCUUUUUGCAUCAGGACUUUGUAUUGGGAUAUUAAAGAGAUUUAACUUGGGUAACAUGGUCUUGGACCUUUGGGAAUUAGUCUAUUUGGGGUCUUGGGAGUGUGCCUGGCAGGGACAGUUCCCUGCAGUAGGGAACAGGAUGGGGGCCUCUGGCUGUCUUGGGUCUCAUAGCUUCUUACUGAGCCAGGCCCCAAGUUCUAGCACAGGUAGACCUGAGAUUGUAGGUACGAGGUGUGGGCCCAGCUCAUUUUGAGACCUGUGACUUGGCCACCAGGGUCAGGAAGUGGGACUCAGGGCCAUGACCUCAGUGAUAGAGCCUGCAGCCUGUUUCCUCUUGAGAGGGCGGAGAGACCACUCUGGGGCCUCCACCAGGAUCUCCCCAAAGUCUACCAGCCUCACAUUACAUAAGAGGAAAUAGAUCCAAAAUGUUAGAAGUAUCAGUUCAGAGUACAUGGAAGUAAAGGCGUUUCUGGUUGUUUCCACCUUGGAACUCUGCCACCAUGCUAUUGGUCUGGUUCCUAAAGGAACCCAGAACAAAGGCUGUAGCCUUGAGAAGCAGCAGCAACCCUGCUGAGCAACACUGUAACUCAAGGUUCUUUCUUAGAACCUGCUAAUGUUCUCUGCUCUUCCUCUUUGAGGCUGGUGGUUGAAGGAAAGGAAACAUGUAGUCACUCCCCAUGGCGCCCUCAGGUUGGCUGUGACUAAACAACAUUCACCUGGAUCUAAAUUGCAUCAUGACAGUCACACACCUACCUUGCCGGAAAGUUCUGUGCAGUAGCUGUUGGAGAGGCAGAGGGGGUGAGCACGGGCCUGUUCAGAGGGUGGCUUUGGGAUUUUGGCAUCCAAAGAGGAGGAAGCCCAGGCCUAUACCAAAGAUUAGGUUGUGGCACCCUGCAAGCAAGAGCACU